AUGCCUUCCCUCAACGGACGCGAAAUCGGCCACACUGGCUACGGAACCAUGAGAAUGACAUGGGUCCCUCAGCCUCCCUCGGACGAGCAAUGCUUCGAAACCCUGAACACCACCCUCAAGCUUGGAGCCAACUUCUGGAACGCCGGCGAGCUCUACGGCACGCCCGAUUAUAACUCGUGCCACCUCCUGAACAAAUACUUCACCAAGUACCCCGAGAACGCCGACAAGGUCGUCCUAAGUAUCAAGGGUGGCUUGAAGCGUGGAGAGCUUACCCCCGAUAGCUCCGAGGCCAACAUCCGCCGGAGUGUGGACGAGUGUCUGCGCGUGCUGGACGGAAAGAAGAAGAUCGAUAUCUUCGAAUGCGCUAGACAGGAUCCCAACGUGCCGGUGGAGCAGCAAGUGACUGUUCUGGCACAAUAUGUCAAGGAGGGCAAGAUUGGAGGUAUUGGGUUGAGUGAGGUGGAUGCAGAGACUAUUCGCAGAGCUCACAAGGUCCACCCGAUCGCAGCGGUAGAGGUUGAAUUGUCCCUCUUUGACACCACGAUCCUCAACAAUGACGUCGCGAAGGUUUGCGCUGAGCUCAACAUCCCCGUUGUGGCUUACUCGCCUUUGGGCCGCGGUGUGUUGGCCGGUGCUUUCACCAGUGUGAACGAGAUCCCGGAGGGCGAUUUCCGCAGAACGCUCCCCAAGUUCCAGGAGGAAGCCAUGAAGGAAAACAUCAAGCUGGUUAAUGAGGUCAAGGCCUUGGCCACGCGCAAGGGUGUGGCUCCCGUACAGAUCGCCCUGGCUUGGAUCCUCACCCUCAGCGGCAAGCCGGGAAUGCCCACCAUUAUCCCCAUCCCCGGUGGUACAACGGUUGACAAGGUUACUCAGAACCUGGAGGGAGUCCCUCGCCUUAGUGAUGCUGAGAUGGACGAGCUUAAGGGCAUUUUGGACCGGAUUCAGGUGGUCGGAAGUCGCUACUAA